CUCGAGCCGGUUGUCCAAACCAUGCUUCAUGGACAAUUUUGAAUCCAGUCUGGCCGUCUUUCCCACAGCAGUAGCCUUCUCCACGUCCCUGAGCGAGAAGGCCAGUAUAGUGCGGAGGGGGCCGCCGAGACAGGAGCUGGACAUGACGUCUGAGGUGGUGACCGUGAACGUGGGUGGGGUGUUAUACACCACCACCAUGGCCACCCUGACCAAGUACCCAGAGUCCCGACUGGGAGGGAUGUUCCUGGCGCCGCAGCUGCUGCAGAAGGACAGCCAGGACAACUACUUCAUCGACAGGGACGGGCAAGUUUUCCGAUACAUCCUGAACUACCUGCGGGUGGGCUGGCUGCGCCUUCCCGAGGGCUUCCAGGACAUCAGCAUCCUGCAGGACGAGAUCCAGUUCUACGAGAUCAACCAGCUGGCCGAGGAGAUGAAGACCAAGAAGCAAAAACCGCUCAAAGUCAAGGUCAUGCCAUAGGAAAAUACACCAUUGAACUGUGCAACAUGUAUUACCUACAUGUGGGAUUAAAAGUUUGUCAUCACCACUUUAAAACAUCAGUUUGAAUCCAUAAAGAUUAGGAAAGUUAAAUUUCUAUGUGGAAAUUAAGAGUAGUCAUACCUCUCUGUAAAGAACAUGGAUAUAUGCAUGAUUGUGUGUGCACUAUCAUCAGCUGUAUCAGCUUGUGAAGAUAGCUAAAUUGCUCCAGUUUAGUAUCUAGAUCAAAAGCGUUAAUUUGGGUAUCCAAUUCUGGUCCACUCAAGUCACUAUCAAAAUUGAAAAUAUUAUCAUCUCAUUCUCACACCAGGCACUGCAAACAUAAUGCAGAACUUGCUUAAGAAAUGUUUAUUAACAAACUUUGAAUAGUCAUCAAAUGUAUACCCUAAGAAUCAUGUACCAUGUUGCUUGGCAUUUGUUACGUCAUCUUGAUUUACCCAAAAGUUGCAACCAACUAAACAUUUUUUCAUGUUAAUGGAGUCUUAGCCUAGCAAAUGAUGUUAUGUACCUGGUGGUCUUACAAUGAACUAACUAUCGAUAUCGAGAGUUUAUAAAACUAUCAUUUCAUAUCUAAUUGAUCAUCAUUCCACACAUUAAAAAGAAAUACAAUGUAUGCACUUAAAAAAGAUAUCUAAUAUAUACACAAUAAGUCGAAGUCUUGAGAGAUUGUACAUUUAGUAAGGCAUCAGAUGAGAUCCCUGAAAUAUGGGGACAUUUCCUACUUUCUGUUGGAGUACACGACUCUGUCAUGACCUAUUUCUGUUCAUCACUCAUGGUGCACGUACCAGGCAAAAAGUGGGUUUCUCUUCAGAACUUCUGAAGAAGGGAUGAAUCCAUUUACUGGAUUUUUGGACAGAGAAAUAACUAUAGGUUACGUAGAAUUUUGCUGUUCACAUACAGCUAAAGGUAAAUCACCUCUUCACAAUCUGUAAUAUUACCAUUCAAAAGAUAUCUUUCAAUCUAUAAAUACAUGUAAAAGUGGUCUAUUCAUGUAAAAAUUUGAAAAACUAACAAUGUGAACAAUUUGGAGGCUGUGCAUGUGCAAGGGAACUGGAGUGACUACAUGAGUAAAACAACAAAACAGUAACCUGCAAGCAGAUGGCUCACAUAAAAACUGUACACAAUAGAGUUCUGAAAGAUGUACAAAAGUGUGCAAAUCCCACGCAUGUGCUUGGUAUUGGAUAGUACAAAAGCAGUCCCGAUUCACUCUCACACAUUUCCCUAAAAGAACUCCUUUACUUGUGUGCAAUAAAUUACCUACCCUAUAUGGAAGAUGCACAUAUCAAAAGUGAAAAGUCUUUUACAUCAGGAAAUUUUCAAUCUCAUGAUGCUACAUAUUGUCUGCAGUCCAAUAAUGUAAAUAUAAAAUCUAGCAUUUCUUUAGUCUUCAUUAAUGUCUGGCCUAUGCCUAUGCAGUAUAAUACUAGGAGUUGUUCAUACUAAAGAUAACACAGGCCAACAUUGCAUGACAGUUCAUUUGAAUUAUGCAUGUCAUACCAUUUGUACUUUGAAGUGGUUCUGUCCCUCUGGGUUUUAUGUACCGGAACCUCAUAGGGUCCCCUCAUUUCAAUGCUUAAAUUCUACAUAUCAUUUCUUUAACACGUAUACACAUGAAACAAAACAAAACGUAGCACACUGAGCAGUUUGAUACUAGCAGUAUCAAAUCCCCUCAAUCAUUACAACUCUAUGGCUGUUAUAUACGUAUAUUGUGAAGUUAGGAGUUCAAGGUGAAGAAUCAACAACAGGAAGGAACUGUAGAAAUCUUACACCAUUUGGUCUAGAAAAAUUCUAUGAUUCCAUAAAAAUCACUAGCUGUUACCUUCAGAAUAACAACUGCUGAAGCUGAUUGUGUUGUGCACAUCCUGUGACAUGGAGAGGUUUUACACCCUUGUUUAAGAAGGCUUUGAUGCAUGCUCAACAUCAGUCCAAAAAUACAUGUACAUGUUAUAUCAACAACAUCAAUCAAAACCAUCUAGAUGCUGCCUGCAGCACAGAAACUGUGAAUCCAAUGUCUACUAUGUGACAAAAAUGUGGUUUCCAUAAAAAGAAUUUAACAUCAUACCAUGUUUACAUCAUACUACCUGCUAUCCUGAUCAGUACAGUAACUAUGGAAUUCCCAUAUGCAUGUAUAUUUCCCAUUGUAUCUUAUUAAGGGCUGUUUUCCUGUAUCUAUAUAUUAGGUAACUUGGACAAGAUAAUGGGAAAGAACAAAAGACGAUCAAAACUCAAAUAAACAAAACCUAAAUAUA